GAGUGCGCAUGACGUCCACAAAGCUGUCAAAUUUUGUUUGUUUUAUUCUUUAUUCGCAUUUUUCUAUCGUAGUUUAAUAUCCGCCACAGUUUCAAAUGUUUUCUCGAAACUUAUGUUAAAUCGGUUAAAUCUUAAUUAUUGAUUCUUUCUACCAAUCGUUCUCAUAGCCUGGGACGACAAAAAUGUCCGUGUCCCGCAUCAAAGCUUUGGUGGAAAACUACACCAAGGUCUGCCGCUUUUGUUUAACGAUGAACCCGACGGCGGAACUGGCGCCUCUUUUUGAUCGAAUCGUCGGCAAAACGGACAUCAUCACAAUCAACGCCACCGUCCGGGGAGUACUCACCACGCUCGGGAUUCAGAUCGCUCAGAACGAUGCUUACCCCAAUCGGAUUUGCGGCAAUUGCCGGGAUUUGCUGCAUUCCGUUCAGCACUUCCAGGAAACGACUAGGAAAUCUAUUCAAUUGUUGGAUCAAGCUCGGUUGCUGAAAGAGUUUCCCAAUGCGAGGUUUGACGACGAUGCCGAUCCUGUCUCGAUGGUCGUGAAAGAAGACUACCAAAUCGAAGAACCUGUCCUGGAAGUGGCCUACGAGGAACUGGUUGUUUCGCAAAAAGAAGAAUGUGAAACAGUGGUGGAAGAUGUUAAACCACCUGAUCUUGAACAGCGAGAGGAACCGUCGAUGCCAGUUGAGGAAAGUGAGGCAAAACCUGAUCCGGAAUACACGGAUAUGGAAUGGGUGAUGUUGGAUGACGGAGGUGAAACAGAAUCUCAUCAGGAAGAUAUUUACGUAGAUGAGGAGUAUAUCGUUGAAGACGAGGAAGAACAAACUUCGGAGAUUCCAAUGGCGCCAGCGAUACCACCGGAAAAAUCCGAAGAGGAAGAAGCAUCAGCAGAGGAAAGCAUGAAGGAGCCAUAUGUGAAAAGUCCUCGGAUGUGUCCCAUCUGCGGGGCCACCUCCACGGCCAUGAAGGUUCACAUGAGAACGCACACGCAGGUACGACCCUUCAAGUGCGAACAAUGCGAAAGAAAAUUCUACACCAACGCCAAACUUCGGUCGCACGUGGAAUCCGUCCACAUAGGGGAGCGAAAGUAUUCCUGCGAAAUCUGCGGCAAAGCAUUCGUCCUGAGGAAAACCCUAAACGCUCACAUUCUUUCGCACGCGACUGAGAAGGAUUACAUCUGUUCGAUUUGCUCCAAGGGUUUCCUCUUCCGGUGGGCCCUGGUCAAGCACGAACGGGUUCACACGGGGGAAAAGCCGUACUUGUGCGAUCUGGACGGUUGUGGGAAACGGUUCGCCACGUCUUCCAACCUUAAGCAGCAUCAAAAGACCAACACGCACUGUAAAAACCCGCGGGAAGAUGUUUGCGAGCAUUGUAACAAGACGUUCCAGAGCAAGUACGCCCUGAGGGUACAUCUCAAGACGCAUGAAGUGAAGGCAGGCGCGACGAGUGAAGCGAAAGGGUAGGUGUAACUGUGGAAUAGAACACAAUUAAGAUUG